AUGCCGCUCAAGGCCCCACCCCCUGAGCUGUCCGCAAGCAGGCGAGCCAUUGAAAAUGCCUUCAAAGAUCUGGAACGCACGAUUUCCCCAGCCGAGUCCCGGGACUUUGCGUCGACAACUCUCGAAGACGUCAGGCGCGCCGCCUUCGAUCUCGAACGGCAGCUGGCUGCGCGACAGUCCCUGCGCAACAUGCGCCGUCUCGAACCCCUUUUCCAAGGCCUGCACCACUACGCUAAGGUCAUCGAAGUGCUGUGCAAUGGAACGCCAUACCUACCUUGGAUCUGGGCCCCUAUCAAGUUCAUCCUGAAGAUCUCGAGUGACUAUACACAAGCAUUCGAUCGCAUUAUCAAGGCUUACUCGCAAAUCGCCGAAUCCUUGGGGAGGUUUCAGCUUCUCGAAGAGUCGUUCAAAGGAAAGCCACAGAUCUUUCCUGUAUUCGUCAUAUUCUAUAUCGAUAUCCUGCGAUUCCACAAAGCUGCCUACAAGUUCCUCACUCGUCACCGUUGGAAAGUCCUCUUCAUGACAACUUGGGGUCGAUUUGAGCGUGAAUUCAAUAUUAUCCUUGACAAUCUCACACGACAUCAAGACCUCAUCGACAAGGAAGUCAAUGCACACAACAUUAUUGAAGCCAGAGCGAUGAGGGAGACCCUGAAGUCCUGGAGGGCUGAGUGUCUAGACCAUCUAGUCAAGGACCAGAAACAACUGACGGUCAAGCAGUUGCAGGGCGUCAUGACCUGGCUCCGGCUAGACGAAUCGGAUCAGAUAGUCCUUUUCGACUCGCUGGACAAGGUUGGAGAAAAGAACCCCGGAACUGUCAACUGGAUCUUGAAGAAGCCCCAGGUGGCUUCCUGGCUCGGACCAACUCCAGAUACCCCAUUCUUGUGCCUCCAAGGCGCGCCAGGCACUGGAAAGAGCAUCAUCGUCGCCCAGCUAGUAUCCUUUCUCAACGCAUCCAAGAGGUCACCCGUCAUUAGGCAUUUCUGCUCCUACACUCAUGAGUCCUCGACACGUUACGAUCAAGUCAUCAAGUCUUUGCUUCUUCAACUCGCUCAGCACAGCGCCGACCUCGUGGCCCACAUCCAUGAGGAAUAUGUCGGCAGCAAACAGGCCACCGUUCGCGCCCUCGAGGAGCUGCUCGAGAUAGCUGUCGGCCUGUUGUCCAGUAACGACCAGCGCUGCAUCCACAUCCUCCUGGAUGGUCUGGAUGAAUGCCCCAUCGAUAAGCAACGGCGACUCCUUCGAUUGAUGGUACGCCUCACCGAGGACAAGAACAUUAACUGCAAGGUCUUGGUAUCGCGCCGAGAUGCGUACCCGCUUCCACCGAAACUCCGACAGUGUGUCUUCUCAUUUGCUGACGAAAAGGCCUGUCUGUGCAAUGCGAUUUCCACAUAUGCUCGAAAUCGCCUGUCGGGCGCCACGAUACGCGUCAGACUAGGGGAGUUGGGCAUCUCAGAAGAUGAGAUGGACGGCAUCUCGUCUGACAUUGGAGAGAGGGCAGAUGGUAUAUUUGCAUCCCUCUUCCCACCUUCUGCUUACGAGAAAUUGCUCUCUCGUACUCUCUCCAGCCUCGACGCUCGCUCGGCCCUCCGCCUGAAGGCCAUCUUCGGCUGGAUUGCUUUCGCCAAACGCCCCCUCCGAAAGGCAGAGCUGCAAUCUGCUCUCAUGUUUCAACUAUACGAGUCGGUAGGCGAUCGACCCGUACCACCUCACAUACUUGAGGCUUGUAAACCCCUGGUCGAGGAGCGUCGCGACUCCUCCCUUGCUUUCAUCCACAGCUCGGUCAAAGAAUAUCUGCAAAGCGACGUCUGUGAUACGUCUAUCCGGAUGGACAAGCAGUCAAUCCACUGGGAUCAUGUCGUUGCGUUGCUUCAUUGUGUCCGCGCAGCAUUCGAUGUCUUCACCCCUGGCUUCCCCCAAAACAACCGUCAAAUACAGGUCAUACGAGGAGUCUGGGGUUUCCUCCCUUUUGCGACCGAGUUUUGGGCUGUCGAGUUGCAAGAAUUGAUUGCCUCUCCAACCCAGACCUGGCAUCCGCGGCUUCUAAGCAUUUCCUCGGAACUCUCAGAUGUGUUGGCAACAGCGCAACUAGGCCCUGAUUCCACGUUGUCGGGGCUGCAGGCCCAAGAACAGGAGCUAAUCCGGUUAUACUUCCCUGGCCUAUUGUACGACAUGGCACUUAGUCUGCAAGCUCGUGGCUCCGGACACCGGGUUGCCGCAUCAGGCCCAAGUGUCAAUCUAGUUUAUCCCACACGGAUGAAUCACAUCUUUGAGAAUUACGAAGCGACGGUACGGCAUAUAGUCGAAGCCCAAGACCACUCCGAUGCGGUCUCAUCCGAAUUCCAACUCUUCUGUUCCAAUUUUGGCGGCCACGCGUACCUGUGCCGCUUUGUCUACUGCGUUCACGCCAUAUCGGGCUUCAACAGCAACGGGGAGCGUACAAUCCACGAAUCUGGCCACAGAUUGAGUUUCCUGUGCCCCGAGUCAGGAUGCCAAUAUCCCCCGUUCAACUCACCCAAAGCCCUAAAAACGCAUCUAUUGGAGAAGCAUCAGGAAGACAAAAGGAAAUGCGUUCGAUUUAGGGGGAUACGACUAAUCGCGACUACUCAGCAGGGUGGCGCGCCACACCUGAACGCGCAACAGGUGAUUUGGGACGAAGAACCUGCAGAAAAAGCCGACCGUGAAGCCCAUUUCCGAAGUCUCCUCGCCGGGCCAGCAGCAAUCUUCCGCAGCAGAGGAUGGGGACAUCUCCGCAACAACGUUAGCUGA